AUGAUCCUGAACGCCUCUGACCUAGGCUGGGAUGAGUCCUCAGGUGCAGACCCUUUCUCCCCUCUGAACCAACUGGACAGCUCAUCUACGUAUGAAGUCCCGCCCCUCACCGUGUGCGUGGCCCUGUGUGUAUCAGGAACUCUCAUCGCCACUGAAAAUGCAGUAGUUGUCACCACCAUCUUGGCCACCCCGUCUCUUCGUGCACCUGUUUUCCUGCUGCUGGCUAGCCUCGGAUUGGCCGAUCUCCUGGCAGGUGUUGCUUUGAUCUUGCACUUCCUCUUCCUGUUCUGCGUCGAGCCCAGUGACUGGUCAGAAUUGCUGACCUCAGGACUGCUGGUGACAUCACUGACCGCCUCGCUAUGUAGCCUGAUGGGUGUCGCUUUGGACCGAUACCUGUCGUUAAGCCACGCCCUCACCUACGGCUCAAGCCAAUCACGUUACAGAGCCGCCAUCCUCCUGCUGCUGGUCUGGUUGGGCGCAUGUGUCAUUGGGGCGGGACCUGCAAUGGGAUGGCACUGUCUCGGGGAGCCAAACUCCUGUUCUGUAGCACGACCUCUGACCCGGACAUACCUAUCGUUGCUGUGUGGUGGCUUCCUGGUGGUGGUCAUGGUAACCCUACAAUUGUACGCAGGGAUCUGCCGAGUGGCAAGGCGGCAUGCCCAUGCCAUCGCUACCCAGAGGCACUUCCUUCCUGCCAACCACUCAUAUGCAAGCAAACACAGCAGUGGAAGGGGCUUCUCGCGGUUGAUCCUGAUCCUCAGUGUGUUUGUGGGCUGCUGGAUGCCGUUCUCCCUCUGGGGGCUGCUAGGAGAUGCAUCCAGCCCGCCUCUGUACACCUAUGCCACCCUGGUGCCGGCGGCGGGAAGCUCGCUGCUGAACCCGAUACUCUAUAGUCUAAGACACAAAGACAUUCGUAAGGUGCUGCUGCAGGCCUGCUGCCCGCACAGAUACACACAAAACACACACACACACUACCCUGUUGAUGUGUAG